UAAAUAACCCAGGUGAGUUAAAAAAGAAACCCGUGCCAGUCUAUGGUACAGUAGGUGACGAGGCUCUGGGCUUCAGUCUCGCCAUGCCGUCUCCUAGAGCGCGCAGGAGCAGCCUCGUGAGUAACGGAAGGCUCGAGCUGCCGGCCACAUCCUCAUCCUCCUCUUCAUCAUCCACUCGGUCCCGAAGGCUCUCCAGCAUCACCUGCGCUGCGUCCGUGCCGCCGCCGCCGCUCGCGCCCCGCCCGAGUCAGUCUGUUCCCGCCGUGGCGCUGCGCUCGCUGCAGGCUGUGGACGUGUGGCUCUCCCGGAGGAUGGCGCUGUGCGCCGGCAAGGAGGCGCCUCUGGGCGGCAUGAGGCCGCUGGUGAAGCUGCUGGAGCUGACGGGACACGCGGCGCCCUGGAUCUCCAUCACCUUUUACCUCCUGAUCUGCAGUGAAACCGCCGAGGAGCAGGAGGUCAUGAUCAACCUGUUCCUGGCGCUCCUGUUAGACCAAGCCCUGGUUAGAAUAGUGAAGCAUGCAGUAAGUUAUCAUCACUCAGAGUGGUUUGCUACGAUGCUGCAUCCUCAUUCCUUCCCAUCGGGCCACACUACGAGGGUUGCCAUGUGCGCGCGUUUCCUGCACGCUCGCCUGCUCUCCGACUGCCCCAUGCGGUUCGUGGUGCUCUUCUGGAUGGGGCUGCUGGCUCUGACGCAGGUGCUGCUCGGUCAGCACAAUGUGAGCGGCGUUGUCCUGGCCCUGGUCAUGGGCUCGUGUCAGUACAGAGUGGUGGACACGUACUGGCUGUCUGUCAGGAGACUGAAGGACGUCUUGAUAGCUACACUGGGGAAACAUAUAACUCAGAGAGGAUGAGACGUUUCAUACACCAGUAAUUACUGCACUGGUGAGAAGAUGACACACGACGCGUGGGAUGAAAUGGUGUUAUUAAUGAACAAAACUGAACAAAAAACCUUUAUACUGUAUGAGGAUGUGAUCAAACUAUUUACCAUGGAAAAACACACACAAGCUUUCGCUCUAAUGCAAAACUCAGUCUUGCUUAUACGGUAUAUACAGUGUGCAUGCUGUCAGUAUUUUUUUUUUGGUUUGUUUGGAAUAUAAUGUACUGUAUUUGCCAUCUUGGCAAACGUGCACAAAUGAAACUAAUAGCUUGUCUAGAUUUUCUAGUGUGUGUGUGUGUGUGUUUAGAAAUACCAAUCAUUCUUUGAGGCUCCGAGCACAUUGCCAGUGCAAGUGAUUUACUGUAUAUUUAGCCACACCCACAAAGCUCAAAAUGUCACCUAAUGUCAUCUAAGAGGUGAAAAUAGUGCCUCAUGAAGUGUAUUGAUAUUUUCGAGUAACACCGCUCAGCCACUCUUAAGUGAAAAUACAUCCGACUCUUAGGGUUAUUAUAGGUCAUAGUGUACAAGGGCCCAAUGAAAGUGUGUCCGUAUUCUGCGUGUUCUCCAUGUCACACUGUGCAAAUCUGUAAAUUGUUUAAAUUAUUAAUCAGCGUAAUCCGUAAAUAAACGAGUUUACGGUCAAAUUUGCAUAUACAAUCACAGCAUGAUGAAUUCAACCAAACUCUUUGUAUUAUACACUACCAUAAGUCACAAGUUUGGACACACCUCAUAAUGGCUUUUCUGAUGUUUAUUUCUUUCUACGCUGUUAAACAAUGCAUCCAAAAUAUAGAAUAAUCUUAUAUUUGAUAUUGAGAUGUAUGUUUGAUACUUCUGCUCUGUAAAUCCUUCAUAACGGCUCUAAUCUGAGGUGCUGGUUGUUAAUUGGUGAUUUCUGAGGCUGGUGACUCUAAAUGAACGUCUCCUCUGCAGCAGAGGUCAGUUUUGGUCUUGUUUUCCUGGGAAGGUCUUCAUGAGAGACAGUUUCAUCAUGGUGCUUGAUGGGUUUUGCAAACGCACUCGACACAAUACUGUUCUUUUGUUCCAGACCGUUCCAGAUCAGCUGACUUCUGUUCUGUCUGGCUGUUGUUGUUGUUGUUGUUAAUUACCUAAUUCUAUACGUGUUAUUUCAUAGUAUUGAAAAAAAAAAUCCAGUAUUGUUCUAGAACCUCGAAA